AUGUUAUCAAAGGCACGGAUUCUUUUUUCCCGCACAUUGGCCCAUCAUGGAACGGUGGUCAAAGUGCUCGGUCCGCAACACUACCGAUCCGUGCACGUUUCCGAAGCGAAUGUGCUGGCGACGGAGGUGAAUCGCCAGUCAGCAGAAUUCAAGGAAAACUAUGGACAAAUGAGCGAUUUGGUCAGUAACCUGAAACGUGUCACCGAAGAUGUGCUUGGGGGCGGAGGACCGGAAGCAAUCAAAAGACACACGUCGAAGGGAAAGCUGCUGGCGCGCGAUCGGAUAAACCGCCUCGUCGAUCCUGGCUCUCCAUUUCUCGAGCUUUCGACACUGGCCGCACACGAGAUGUACGGCAAGGAUGUCGUCAACUCGGCCGGCAUCGUAACCGGUAUCGGCAGAGUGCAGGGUGUGGAGUGUGUGAUCGUGGCAAACGAUGCCACUGUGAAGGGUGGCACUUACUAUCCGGUCACGGUGAAAAAGCACUUGCGAGCGCAAGAAAUCGCCCAGGAGAAUAAUCUUCCGUGUAUUUAUCUGGUAGAUUCGGGUGGCGCAAACCUGCCCCGUCAGGCCGACGUUUUCCCGGACAAAAUGCACUUCGGAAGGAUUUUUUACAAUCAGGCCAAUAUGUCGGCUCGCGGUAUCCCACAGAUCGCUGUCGUUAUGGGUAGCUGCACGGCCGGUGGUGCCUACGUGCCAGCGAUGGCCGACGAAAGUAUCAUCGUGAAAAAGCAGGGCACGAUCUUCCUUGCAGGUCCUCCACUCGUUAAGGCUGCCACCGGCGAGGUAGUUUCGGCGGAAGAUCUAGGCGGAGCGGAUCUACACUGUCGUACGUCCGGUGUAACCGAUCAUUACGCGGUGGAUGAUGAGCAUGCUCUAUACCUUGCACGUCAGGUGGUAAAGAACUUGAACCGUCCGGGAAGUGCGAACUACGACGAGCUUGCCGGUAGCAGUACCAGAACAAUGAUGGAACGGGAAGGGCUUACCUUUGGCGCGGAACCGGAACCACCGCGUUAUCCGGCGUCCGAUUUGUACGGCAUCGUUGGAUCGAACCUGACCAAAACGUUUGACGUCCGGGAGGUGAUCGCACGCAUUGUCGACGGAAGUCGGUUUACCGAGUUCAAGAAGUUCUACGGUGAAACGAUCGUAUGUGGGUAUGCCCGACUAUAUGGACAACUGGUCGGUAUCGUGGGCAACAAUGGUGUUCUGUUUUCCGAAAGUGCCCUCAAGGGAGCGCACUUCAUCCAGCUCUGUGCCCAGAAGCGCAUUCCGUUGCUCUUUUUGCAGAACAUUACCGGGUUCAUGGUGGGACGCGAUGCGGAAGCCGGUGGUAUCGCAAAGAACGGUGCCAAGAUGGUGACGGCUGUCGCCUGUGCCAAUGUUCCAAAGUUGACGCUCAUCAUAGGUGGGUCGUACGGGGCCGGUAAUUAUGGCAUGUGCGGACGUGCGUAUUCACCCCGAUUCCUGUACAUGUGGCCAAACAGUCGCAUUUCGGUGAUGGGUGGUUCGCAAGCGGCCGGUGUGUUGGCGCAGAUCACCGAGGAGCAGUACCGUAGAACGGGUCGUGAAUGGACGGAGGAGAUUGGGAACCGGAUUAAGGCACCGAUCGUGCAGCAGUUCGAAGCGGAAGGUUCACCGUACUACAGCACGGCCCGUUUGUGGGACGAUGGCAUCAUCGAUCCGGUCGACACGCGUCGCGUACUGGGGCUUAGUCUGCAGGCGGCUCUGAAUCAACCUGUUGGCGAAACGCGUUUCGGUGUCUUCCGUAUGUAG